UGAAAUAAUUCUCUGAUCAAAUGCGCUUGUGUAAGGAAGCAACGCCAGAAGAAGAAGAAGAAGAAGGUGAAAUAUUUCAAUAUUUCUGAGGUGUCAAUUAAAAGUUAUUUUUUAUAUACGAGUACGUAUAUUUACUAGUAAAAAACAAUUCAAAUAAAACUUGGGAGGAGUAAAAGUGAUAAAUUUACUUUUGAGUUAUGAGUUUUCAUCAGUUAUGAUAUGUUGAAUAUGAAUAUAUUUCAACCAGUUUUCCAGAAUUUUUAAAAUAACUACAUUGACAAUGGAUCCUGAAGCAUCCAAUGCCGACAUCUGUAGGGUGUGCAGAUCUGAGGGAGGACCAGACAGACCACUCUUCCAUCCCUGCAUAUGCACAGGAAGCAUCAAGUGGAUUCAUCAGGAGUGCCUUGUGCAGUGGAUGAGAUACUCGAGAAAAGAAAUUUGCGAACUUUGUGGUUAUAGGUUUUCAUUUACUCCCAUUUACUCUCCUGACAUGCCGAGAAGGCUGCCUUUGAAAGAUUUGGCUGCCGGAUUGUUAUCAUCUGUGGCAACUGCCGUUAAAUAUUGGUUCCAUUACACUUUAGUUGGAACAGCAUGGUUGGGAAUAGUACCAAUAACUGCAUGUAGAAUAUACAGUAGCUGAGGCUGUUGUACCAGAAAACCAAGACCAGCAGGAAGAAGGUGACGGUAACAUUGGUGAGGAUAAUUGGAUUCCAAUGGAAUGGGACCGAGCUGCAGAGGAGAUCACCUGGGAGCGGUUAUUGGGGUUAGACGGCUCUCUGAUGUUUUUAGAGCAUGUCUUUUGGGUCAUAUCACUCAACACCCUCUUUAUUUUGGUGUUUGCCUACUCUCCAUACCACAUGGGCCAUAUGACUCUAUUAUUUCUGAAUAUAAGAGAUUCUGCAAGACCUAGUCAUUUUGAAGGGUUGCUGACAACUCUUAUAGGUUACUGUACGGUGGGGAUAGGCUUUGUAAUUUUACACAGAUUGGCUGCCUGGACAGGAUUUGAUAGAGCCAAGAGGAUAUUAGGUCUAUGCUACGUGGUUGUCAAAGUUUCAAUGCUGAGUGUUGUGGAAAUUGGAAUUAUUCCUCUGGUUUGUGGAUGGUGGUUAGAUAUUUGUUCUCUAGCAAUGUUCGAUGCUACUCUUAAAGAUAGAGAAAACAGUUUCAAUUCCGCACCAGGGACCUCAAUAUUCAUACACUGGUUGGUGGGGAUGGUCUAUGUGUAUUAUUUUGCUUCUUUCAUUCUUCUUCUGAGAGAAAUUCUUCGUCCAGGCGUCCUUUGGUUUUUACGAAACUUCAAUGAUCCCGAUUUCAGUCCUAUCCAAGAAAUGAUCCACUUACCAAUAUUGGAGCACAUCAAGAAGCUACUUAUAUCAGCAGUUAUUUUUGGCAGUGCUGUACUUUUAAUGCUUUGGCUGCCAAUAAGAAUCUUGAAAAUGUUGUUUCCAAAAUUUCUACCAUAUACAGUGUCACUGAAUAGCAACGAUACGCAGGUAAAUGAGCUCUCUUUGGAAUUGCUGUUGCUUCAAGUUAUCCUACCAGCUUUAUUGGAGCAGUCACAUACCAGGAUAUGGUUGAAAGGAUUGGUGAGAAACUGGUGCAGAGUAGUUGCCUGGAUUUUGAAUAUACAUUCAUAUUUACUUGGAAAUGGUGAUGGGAAACAAGAUCAAGAAGGAGAACAAAACGCAAAUCCACCUCCAAAUCCUCCUGAAAUUGGUGGCGGCCUGGGAGCAGUUCACCAAGCAUUACUCAUGAUGGAACCUCCCACAGGUUUUCAGCCAUAUACUCGUCCUUCCUUCUUCAUCCCAAGAUUAGUGGGGCUUCUCAUCGCCGUAUGUUUUUCGCUAGUAGCUUCUAGUCUAAUAGCAUUAACUCUACCGGUCUGGCUGGGCCGCAAUAUCAUGUCUCUUUGGCUUGUUGGUGCCUCCCCUCCUGCUCCCCAAAUUUCUGCUACAGAUGCCCAGACUGAAGUGAAGGUGCACGAACUGUACACUUCGGCAUGUGGUCUUUAUGUGUGUUGGGUGGUUGCUAGGGGUGUUACCUUCAUAUUGAAUUGGAUGCCACAAGGAAGAGCUGCAAUGAUUGAAAGACUCAAACAGUGGGGCAUAAUAGGACUCAAGACCGUCAUAGCAAGUAUUGUACUAUUGGGAGUGAUACCGUUAUUGUUUGGACUUUUGUUGGAGCUUGUAGUCAUUGUACCACUCAGAGUACCAAUUCAACAGACGCCCAUUUUGUUCAUAUGGCAGGACUGGGCCUUGGGUGUAUUAUAUACGAAAAUAGCAUGUGCUGUUACAAUGAUGGGCCCUGAUUGGUUUCUGCGAUCAGCCAUUGAAAGAGCAUACAGAGAUGGUAUUCGUGAUAUGAAUUUAACUUUUAUAAUUAAAGAACUGGCAGCUCCAGUCAUAAUUAGUUUUGGAUUAGCACUUUCAGUACCUUACAUUAUUGCUUAUUCCUUGGUACCGAUUUUUGUUAACAAUUUACAAAUGAGGAAUAUUGUUGCGAGGCGAUUGUAUCCAUGCUUGCUAUUAUUUUCUAUGGCUAGUAUUCUAGUUUACUUACAAAUAAAACAGUUCAAAAAUUUGUACGAACAUAUUAAGAACGACAAGUAUCUAGUUGGCCAGAGAUUGGUUAAUUAUGAUCAUAGAAAAAAAAAGCCAAGCAUUGGAUGAAACAAAAAACUUGUUAAAUCAAGCGCUGUGAGUGAUUAAAUUGAAUUCCAUGUAAAACACAUGCUGUAAUUUUUAUUAUAUUUUAGCCUUAAAAGACAUGAUUGAGAAAAUUACUAGUCCUCAAGUUCAGAAUUUAUUGCAUUAUCAAAAUUCAUUGAAAUCUCUUUCGGAUAUUGUAUACCUUGAAAAACUGUUUUAGGCCAAUGACAUGGUACUGAUAUACUUACAAAAUGAUUGUAUUAGCUACCGUAUAGGUUGUAGUUUUAAAAUAUUUUUCGUCAUUUCAAUAUACCCUGUAUAAUAUAAACUUUCCAAACAUAUAUCAAACAAGAGGUUUCAGUUAGGAAUGGUCUCAUGAUUAAUUCAAUUAAAUUGAGUCACUAUCUUUUGUAAUCUAAGAUAGUUAUAGGAUUGGAAAAAUCUAACUUUUGUAUGUCUAUAGUUAUGCUAUAUUAUAAAUUGGAAAAUUAUUUUCAAGUGGUUUCCUGAAAUAUAUUUAUUUCUUAUAGUUUU